AUGAAUGAGAAAUGGGAAUCAAACUCUUCAGAAAACUGGCUUCCCCCCUGGCGUGUCAAUGACACCUCGCACCCUCUGUCCUCGGACAUCAAUAUCACCUACGUGAACUAUUACCUUCACCAGCCUCCCGUGGCAGCAAUCUUCAUCAGCUCAUACUUUCUCAUCUUCUUCUUGUGCAUAGUGGGAAAUACCGUGGUUUGCUUUAUUGUGAUGAGGAACAAACACAUGCACACAGUCACCAAUCUCUUCAUUUUAAACCUGGCCAUAAGUGAUCUCCUAGUUGGCAUAUUCUGCAUGCCCAUCACACUGCUGGACAACAUCAUAGCAGGGUGGCCGUUUGGAAGUGCAAUGUGCAAGAUCAGUGGGCUGGUCCAGGGGGUGUCCGUCGCAGCCUCAGUCUUCACUCUGGUCGCAAUAGCCGUAGACAGGUUCCGGAGCGUGGUCUACCCUUUCAAAUCAAAGCUCACCCUGGAGACGGCGUGUGUGGUUCUCGGGAUCAUCUGGGUCCUGGCCGUGGCCAUCAUGUCUCCGUCUGCGGUGAUGCUACACGUGCAGGAGGCGAAGCUCUACCGAGUGAGGCUCGACGCGCACAACGGGACGGGCCCGGUGCACUGGUGCCGGGAAGCCUGGCCGCGCCCGGCCAUGCGCAGGGUCUACACCACCGUGCUGCUCGCCAGCGUCUACCUGGCCCCGCUGCUGCUCAUCGUGGCGCUGUACGGAGCCAUGGGGGUCGCGCUGUCCAGGCCCGCGCCGCAGGCCCAGGCCCGGGAGCGGCGGCCCGCGGCGUCCAGGCAGAAGCGGAGGGCGCUGAAGAUGCUCCUGGUGGUGGCGCUGCUCUUCGUGCUCUCCUGGCUGCCGCUGUGGACCCUGAUGAUGCUGUCGGACUACGCCGAGCUGUCCCCGCGCGCGCUGCGGCUCAUCAACGUCUACGUGUACCCGGUCGCGCACUGGCUGGCCUUCGGCAACAGCAGCGUCAACCCCAUCGUCUACGGCUUCUUCAACGCCAACUUCCGCCGCGGCUUCCGCGACGCCGUCCGGCUGCGGCUCUGCGGGCGGCGGGCGAGGCCGCGGGAAGCGCGCCCCCUGGGGGCGACAGGCGGCGUGGCCGCGGGCGCCGGGCGGCGGAACCCACGCCGAGAUUUGCUUCAUGGGACAAGCGCGGAAACCCCCAGCCAGGACUUAGAGAUGGAGGAAUUGAGGGAAGCCACCAACAGCGGGGAGACUUAA